AUGAGCCUAACAACAGAAGCGAACGACGGUUACAAACGAGAUGCCAAGUUGCUUCAAGACUUACUCGAUACCGAACAUGCGUUAGAAUCUCCGAUCGAUUUAGACAUUGGCCGUAUGAGAAUUAUCGAGUUAGAUCCUUUGAAGUGGAUUGGUAUCGAUAUAGUACCGAGAAAAUUGAAACUUACUAACACAGGAUUAACGGUAAUUUUGAGCGCGAAAUGGCCACAGGGACGUCCUUAUCUUUCUGGAGGACCGUACGAAGGAAACUAUACGUUCGCGCAAGUUCACUUUCAUUGGGGAGAGAAUGAAAUGAGAGGCAGUGAACACACCGUCGAUGGUGCAAGGUUUGAAAUCUAUUUUAAAUCGUCCCACUUAAAACGUAUCGCGUAUUUUCUUUGGUUUAUCGUAAAAGUUUCUAAAUUUAGAAUUCGAUUAAAUUUCAUUGAAAGUAUGGCUAUGGAACUGCAUGUUGUGUGUUUCAAGGAAGAAUACGAAACAUUAGAAUUGGCACUUCGACGACCUAGUGGCGUUACUGUUUUGGUAUAUUUCUGUAAGGUGACGAAUUCACAGAUAUUUACAUUGAACGAAACACAUAAGUUGUAUCAUUUUAUGAUGUCUAAAAAUUCAUAGGUAAUAACACCACGAUUCUACUUAGUUAC